AGGAGCAGCCGGCAUCAGCGAGUGACUGCGAGUCCGCUUGCAGUCCGAAGCCCGUAGGCAUUUUGCGAGUGUGGUGCAGGAGCUGCAGUAGUAGUGCUCAGAGAUAACUUAGAAUUUGUCAGAACGUGGACCAAUUCUUUUAGAGAGAGAAGCCGAAAUGGCGCGAUCUGGGUUGUCGUCAUUCUCGAUGGCGAUGUCGGCUAUGUCGUCGGUCCUGCUCGUGCUGUACUUGUCGCCCAUUUUUGCAAUUGCUGCCUUUGACAAUGCGGGUGGUCGUGUGGGCGACACGCGCUGCCCCAAGGACUUGUCCUUCACUCUCCCUCCCGUUCGAAUGGCUUGCCGUGACGGCCCUGAGGUUCCAGCCUGCUGCGAAUCCAUGCAGCUCACGGCGAUGGCGGUGAUGAAGUGGACGAAUGGGAACCCGAUUUGCGCGGCAGAGUUCUUGGACGCCCUCGUGUACAUCGGCGGCGUGCCCGAGGCCUCCAUCGCCUUGUGUCUGGACGUCGGGGAGGACACUGUCAACUUAAAUGUGAAUCACCGUGAGCUGCAGGAGCUGUUCUACGCCGCAGCCGGGACGACGGUUCUGUCAUCGUCGAUGAUGGGGUCGCAGGCGGCGCCGUCGUCGAUGUCGCCCCCGCGCCGCAGCGCGGGCCCGCCGGCUUCUAGAAAUUCUCCCCGGCUCUGAGGGGAAGAGGGCAGAGGGCAGAGAGGGCAGAGGGAGGGGAACAACACCAGCAUAAGGAGAUAAUUUAAAUAAGAGGCGGGGGAAUUGCCGCCGCGAGAGAACCGGCGGGGCGCGGGGGAAUUGCCGCCGCGAGAGAAGCGGCGCGGCGCGGCGCGGGUGAGAAGGGAAGGGACGCAAUUUGCGCGCAAGGAUUUGCCGCGAAUUUCCGCAGUUUUCAGAG